AUGAGGUUAAUUACAUUUCCUGGACAAGGUACCUCGAUUUCUAUUCCUGUAUUAAAAGCAUUGAUUAGAAAUAAACAAAAGGAAUUCAAUAAAAUUAUAGAAAAUAAUGGACCUAAGACAAAUGACUUAAUCAAUUAUAUCUUUCGAAACCCUUCAAGUCCUGGUAGUAUUGCUGUUUGUUCCAACCUAUAUUAUAAACUAUAUGAACUUUUAGAACGAGAUAAUAUAAAGAAACGAUCACAGGAUUAUUUGCUAUUGGGACAUUCGUUAGGUGAAUUAACCUGUUUAUGCGUGAACAAUCUGUUUACAUUAAGAGACUUAUUCAAUAUUGCAAAUUAUAGAAAUGAACUAAUGGUCAAAUCCACUGAAAAAUAUCUUAUAGCACAUAAAAUGAAUCAUUCUACAAAAUUCGAAAUGUGGGCUUUAUCUUCGCCAAGGGCAACCAAUUUACCUUUGCAGGUACACAAUCUAUUACAGUCAAUAAGAUCCAUGGCCCCAACUAUUGCAAUAGCUAACGUCAACAGUAUCAAACAAUGCGUCGUCACAGGUCUUGUAGACGAUUUGGAGAGACUUCGAAUCGAGUCUCAAGCAAGGUUCCCGGCAUUGAGAAUCACAGAAUUGACCAAUCCAAAUAAUAUCGCAUUCCAUAAUAAUAACGUUCUAAGACCUAUCCAAGAGCCUUUAUACGACUAUAUUUGGGAUAUACUGAAACUAAAUCAUCAAAAUACUACUACUGAAUUAAUGUAUCCAAUAGUUGGAAAUUUAGAUGGCCGUAUAUCGUUACUUGUACAUCAUGCAAUUGAGAGGUUCGUUAGAUGCAGUUCAAAUACAGUGCAGUUCACAUAUUGCUAUGAUACAAUAAAUUCCUUUGUACCAAGAGAAAGAAUUAAAGGUAAAAAAAACAUUUCUAUAUCAAUGGGACCAGGAAAUGUAAUUUACAAUUUAGUAAGAAGAAACUGCGAUCUUGAAUCGUUUGAGUAUUCUUCAUUAGCAACAAUAAAUGAGUACCAUAAUAUGAUGAAUAAUCCAAAACAAACAAAAACUUAA